AUGUCACAGCGGCUCCGUUCGUCUUAUAUGACCUUAGGCAAGCGGUCUCUUUCGACCACAUCGCAAAGGCUCUCCUCUUCGCAAUUUCAUCGGUCCGACUUUGCCAAUCAACCCUUCACCGGAACCUAUGAGCCAGGCUUGCCGACAUCUGGACCAUUAGGCGGAGCUUCGAUCUAUGGCACCCCACGCCUGACGCCCAAGAUCCUCAAGCAGCAUCUUGACCAGUUCGUCGUCGGUCAAGAGCGUGCUAAGAAGGUUCUCAGUGUUGCUGUGUUUAACCAUUAUCAGAGAAUACAAGAACUGCAAAGGCGUGAAGAGGAAGAGGAAGAGCUGCUUGCACAAAGAGAAAGAAGAGAGCGACACCCUAUUGAAAAUGAGUUCCCUGGUCAACAGCCCACGAUCCGCAUGGGCGGACCCUCCUCAUCUACACUCAAUUCGCGAACAGGCGGCGCGAUGUUGGUGGAUACCAGUCCUCUAACUCUGGAGAAGUCAAAUAUCCUGCUUUUGGGGCCUAGUGGUGUGGGAAAGACACUGAUGGCAAAGACUCUUGCCAGAGUUCUUUCAGUUCCCUUUUCCAUGUCCGACUGUACGCCCUUCACCCAAGCCGGUUAUAUUGGCGAGGACGCUGAGGUUUGCGUUCAUCGAUUGUUAGCUGCUGCGAACUAUGACGUCGAAAGAGCCGAACGAGGCAUCAUAUGUCUGGACGAAGUCGACAAGAUAGCGACGGCGAAGGUCAGCCACGGCAAAGAUGUGUCUGGGGAAGGCGUCCAGCAAGCACUUCUGAAAAUCAUUGAAGGGACCACCAUCCAAAUCCAGGCAAAACCCGAGCGGAAUGCCCCUCGAGCAGGUGGCCAGUCACAGACCUACCCUACCAAUAGUCCCUUGGGCGCCGGCUUCUCUUCUGGGUCGUCAGGUGCCUCACCUGCGCCGGCGAAAGGCGAGAUCUAUAACGUUCGAACAGAUAAUAUCCUCUUCAUCUUCAGUGGCGCAUUCAUUGGGCUUCAAAAGCAUAUCAUGGACCGGCUGACAAAAGGCAGCAUUGGAUUUGGAGCCAAUGUGCGAUCAAGCUCCAAUCUCAUCUCCUAUAGUCGCGAUCAGAAAUCCACCACCAUUACUCCGGUCCCUAUCCUACCGGGAUCUCAAGAAGAGGCCCUCUACAAGAAACAUUUACCCUUUUUCACCCCGGCGCCAGCUCCUGAGCAGACACCCAUCGAUGGCUCUGCCCCAGAACCGAACUACUUUAACCCUUUGGACUUGGUCACCCCAGCCGAUUUACAAUCCUAUGGCUUCAUUCCCGAGCUUGUCGGACGUAUUCCGACGACUGCUGCUCUGUCUGCUCUCACCCACUCCCUACUGCUACGCAUUCUUACAGAACCACGUAACUCGCUAGUUGCGCAAUAUAUCACACUGUUCUCACUCUCGGGCAUCGAGCUCCGCUUCACUACCCCAGCUCUUCACACAAUUGCUUCGAAUGCCCUCGUGAUGGGCACAGGAGCUCGCGCUCUCCGAACGGAAAUGGAGACUGUUCUUGGUGAUGCCAUGUUCGAAGCGCCCGGAAGUAGUGUUAAGUACGUUUUGGUGACCGAACGCGUCGCAAAAAGAGAGGAGGGAGCCAUCUACUUUGGGAGGGGUCAAGGUGGGAAGUUUCAUGCUCUUAUCGCUCAAGAAGAGGGUGACUGGGAAGACAAGCAGAAGCGAAAGGAGUCUGAUCGGAAAGGCGAGGCUGCAUCCGCCAGCUUUGAAGAUUGGAGAACGAAGACAACAAUUGCCGCUGGCAGCGGCGGCUGA